AUUAUUAACUAAAAUAAUAAGAAAUGGGAACAAAAGUAAAUUGGGCGGGUUUGCGGGUGCGGAUAGAUCCACGCCAUGCUCAAAUGCAUGGAGCAAAACGGUAGCGUUGCGAGAUGAAAGUGUUGUGAGAGUAAGGAGGGUGGGUGGUGGCUUCAGCAGCUUCACUUCACUGCUGCUGCGAGUGAAUAAGCAGAGAGAGAGAGAGAGAGAGAGAGAGAGAGAGUUGGGAACUAAGUAAGUUACAAGAAAUAUGUAUUCGACUUCCGGCGAGAACAAUGGCUAUCACAACCAGCAGCAUAAGAGUCAGCGUGAACGAGUGAGAAGAGGAGCACGUGGAGGGAGUCGCUCUAGAUAUGGGUUUAGGGUUUCUGCAGAGCAGCAGCAGCAGGAGGAGAGUGAGCAAAAGGUCACACCUUGUACGGAUUUCGACAUGGCUUACUUUCAUUCCUAUGCUCAUGUUGGUAUCCAUGAAGAAAUGAUCAAGGAUCGUGUACGGACGGAGACUUAUAGGUCUGCAAUCAUGCAGCACCAGAGUUACAUUGAAGGCAAAGUUGUUGUGGAUGUGGGUUGUGGCACUGGGAUUCUUUCUAUAUUUUGUGCUCAGGCUGGUGCAAAACGGGUCUAUGCAGUGGAUGCAAGUGAUAUUGCAGUGCAGGCAAAUGAAGUUGUGAAAGCGAACAAUUUAUCAGACAAGAUUAUUGUAUUACAUGGACGAGUUGAGGAUGUUGAAAUUGACGAGGAAGUUGAUGUCAUAAUAUCUGAGUGGAUGGGCUACAUGCUUUUGUAUGAGAGCAUGUUGGGAAGUGUUAUUACUGCCAGGGAUCGGUGGCUAAAACGUGGAGGAAUUAUUCUACCAUCAACUGCAACAUUAUACAUGGCACCUGUCACACACCCUGACAGAUAUACUGAAAGCAUCGAUUUUUGGCGCAAUGUUUAUGGAAUUGAUAUGUCUGCCAUGAUGCCGCUAGCAAAACAAUGUGCAUUUGAAGAACCUUCUGUGGAGACAAUAUCGGGUGAGAAUGUUUUGACAUGGCCACACAUGGUUAAGCAUGUGGACUGCUAUAUGAUUCAAAUUCAUGAGCUGGAAUCUGUUUCUACAAGAUAUAAGUUCCAGUCUAUGAUGAAAGCUCCAUUGCAUGGGUUUGCUUUUUGGUUUGAUGUUGAAUUUUGUGGGCCUGCAACAUCUCCUAUAAAUACUCUUGCAAACAAUCCUCCAGUAGAUGGGAAUCAGAGUAAAAAAAGGACAAAUCCAAAUGACUCACUUGUGCUAUCCACUGCACCGGAGGACCCACCAACACAUUGGCAACAGACAGUGAUCUACUUUUAUGACCCAAUAGAGGUGGAGCAAGAUCAACUGAUUGAAGGUUCAGUGAUACUAUCACAAAGCAAAGAAAACCGUCGAUUCAUGAAUAUUCACCUCGAAUACACUUCUGGUGGCCGCUCCUUUGUAAAAGAGACUGUAAUGAGAUGAUUUCUUUUAAGAGUUUUUAAGGUUCAACUAUUAAUUCCAGGAUAUGAUAAUUGCCAAGCACAAUUGAUUACAUUUCAUAAUGUGGUCAUCUACCUGCAAAUCUCAGCAAACUUUGAGCCUUUGAAUGGAGCUCCUCAGCUAACCAUGCCGAUUUAUAAGUUUUAAGUACUUUACUAAUUGUUAUCUUCAGAGAUGAAACUAUUGUAAACAAAAAAUAGGCGAACCAAGUUAGGAAAAUAGAUUAUAACCAUAUUAUUGGCCUGAGAUUUCUGUUUUCGGUUGUUGGUAUUGUUUUGUAUCCGCAGAAGAUGUAAGCUGUGUUUCGAUUGUUAAUUUGUUUCUUAUGAUGCCAUUUUCUUAGGCCUAGUUUAGAAAAGUGUCUCAAUUAAUUACUUAACAUUGGAUUCUUUUAUCAUCAUGUAAUGAAAUUAAUUGUAUACGCCAUCUUUAUGGACUGCAUUGCAGAUUUAAAACUUCAA